GAGGUCGACUGUUUUUUUUCGCCUCCAACCUCCAACUCGGUAAUUUUAAAGCUACAGACAGGAUGGACCUGACCUUGCAAGAUCUAGCGGCAUUCGCUGGCACACGGACGAUGCUUAUCCUUGUUGGACUCGUGGCAUCAGGAAAGUCCACGUUUGCUCAGGCGCUCGAACGUCACUUUCCACAAUUUCGCAGAUGCAAUCAAGAUGAGCUUGGGACGAGACAGCGCGUCGAGAGUUUAGCUCAUCGCACGCUCCGCGAAGGCUUAUCGCCCUGCAUUGACAGGUGUAAUUUUGAUGCCUUACAGCGAUCCCACUGGAUCAAUAUCGCUCGCCAGUUUCCUGGUACUUCCAUCAGCGUUAUUGUUUUCGAUACCCCCUAUCAGGUCUGCUCCGCCCGUCUUCAGGAACGAAGUUCACACCCGACCAUUAAGGACCCUCAACAAGGACAAUCUAUUCUGGCCAGGUUUGCGUCAGACCUCCAGUUCCCGCGACCCAAUGAAGGGCAUGAUCACAUUCUUUACUUAAAGCCUUCUGACCACCCUCGUCCCGAGUAUACGCGCGAAGACAUUGGUUUGAUCUUACAACGGCUCCAAGCUUCUUAUCCAUAUUUCAAACGGGGAAACGUUCAGCCUCCUAUGCAGGCUUCCUUCAUUUCCACAGGCUCAGCCCCCAUUCAUACACAAGGUCGCGGGUACAGAGCUCGCUAUGCUCAUCGCGGUGGCAGGGGCAGGGGCAGGGGCAGAGGCAGAGGCAGGGGCCGCCCCUUUUCGUCCAGUAGUCCUACUGGGUCCUAUUCUAGAAGGGGGGGUGAUGACCACGGAGGAAUCAGUAGAACUGUAAAUUCAGAAACAUAUUCGACAAGUGGGCACAAGGACUCUGAUAGAGGACACCCCGAGACCCAUGGAGCGGUCCGAGGAGUAGUAUGGGCAGGUACUAGCACUCCUGAAGAUCCCAUGGAGAUUUUAUGAACUUCAACCCUGGGUAAGAGAACUUACAACUUCGCAUUAGGCUCACGAAUAUAAAAUACUGCCCUCAAAAGUAGGUGCCCAGGGUUCCUUGGCAGGAUGGAACUUAUCUAA